GCUCUCCAUUCGACUCGCUUCUUUUGUUUUUCAAAGGUCUUCUCUUCACUUUUCAAGCGAGGAAAAAAAGAAGUCAGCACCAGCAUAAAAAAUACUGGAACGUCAGAAGAGAGGAGGUAAGAAACAUAUAGUGGCAUUUGUCUCUGUGAAUUCUUUCUCAUCCCAUGAAUAACAACAGUCUCUUCGGUUCUGGAGCUGGGCUCACGCUCUAGGUUUUCGGAGGGGCGAAACUUCGGCCACAAGGUGGCACUGACCUGCAAACAAAGAACCCAGUGGCACCGACUUUUGAGAAGCCCUGUAAAAUUGCCUCGCCUUCUCAGAGUCCCUGACGGUGCGGAUGAGUGCUUACUUUCCUCUGCGUCGUGAGUCUGGGUCUAACAGUGUGCGUCCGGGUCUAAGAAUGUGUCGAUUUCAUUGCAUUUCUGCCCAGAACGGCUAGGCAACGCACCCCCGAGGGGUAAGCCAAGGAGAGGUGUUUGUGGGGGGAGCUCUAGGCGCGACUCUUGGGGCGCGUCACGUGAUCCGGGGAUGAGGUGGAGUUCGGCUUUAAGGGGCGUCUCUGCUUAUCUUCAUCAAUCUUUAGGGUGUGAGCAGGAGAAAUAGCAGCGGCUCUUUUCUCCUCUCCCUGCUCCCUUCCGUGGCCAUCCUUCCCGCUUCACUGAACGGGGGCGAAAAAGACAAAUCCAGCGGAGGAUUGUUCAGUUCAAAGAAAUGAAUAAUUCAGAAUAAUUUUGAUAAGUGGAUGCCAAUGGGGAAUAAGAAUAAGCUGAACAUUUGACCUGCUUUGAAGAAACAUACCAUCUAUUUGUCUAAAGUAAUCUAUAACAACUAAAGCAAUCAAAAUGGAUUUAAAAAUAUUUUCCCAGGUUGAAAAUCAUUCAAUCUACUAUAAUUUUUCAAAGAAUAAUUCCCAAUUUUGGGCUUUUGAAAAUCAUUGUCAUCUGCCCUUGGCCAUGAUAUUUGUAAUAGCUCUAGCUUACGGAGCUGUGAUAAUUCUUGGGGUCACUGGAAACUUGGCCUUGAUCAUAAUCAUCUUGAAACAAAAAGAGAUGAGAAAUGUUACCAACAUCCUGAUUGUGAACCUCUCCUUCUCAGACUUGCUUGUUGCCAUCAUGUGUCUCCCCUUCACGUUUGUCUACACGAUAAUGGACCACUGGGUUUUUGGCGAAGCCAUGUGCAAGUUGAAUCCUUUUGUGCAGUGCGUUUCAAUCACUGUGUCCAUUUUCUCUCUGGUUCUCAUUGCUGUGGAACGACAUCAGCUGAUCAUCAACCCACGAGGAUGGAGACCAAAUAACAGGCACGCGUAUGUAGCUAUCGCUGUCAUUUGGCUCCUUGCUGUGGCUUCUUCUUUACCCUUCCUGAUCUAUCAAGUGUUGAGUGAUGAACCGCUCCAGAAUGUCACACUCGAUGGGUUCAAGGACAAAUACGUAUGCUUUGAUAAAUUUCCGUCGGACUCUCAUAGGCUGUCUUAUACCACUCUCCUCUUGGUGCUGCAGUAUUUCGGCCCACUCUGUUUUAUAUUUAUUUGCUACUUCAAGAUAUAUAUUCGCUUAAAAAGAAGGAACAACAUGAUGGACAAGAUGAGAGACAAUAAGUACCGGUCCAGUGAAACCAAAAGAAUCAACAUCAUGCUGCUGUCCAUUGUGGUAGCGUUUGCCGUCUGCUGGCUACCCCUCACCAUCUUUAACACCGUGUUCGAUUGGAACCAUCACAUCAUUUCUAUGUGCAACCACAACCUCUUCUUCCUGCUCUGCCACCUCACGGCGAUGAUAUCCACCUGUGUCAACCCCAUAUUUUAUGGAUUCCUGAACAAAAAUUUCCAGAGAGACUUGCAGUUCUUCUUCAACUUCUGUGAUUUCCGGUCUCGGGAUGAUGACUAUGAGACCAUAGCCAUGUCUACCAUGCACACAGAUGUUUCUAAGACUUCUUUGAAGCAAGCAAGCCCAGUCGCAUUUAAAAAAAUUAACAACAACGAUCACGAUCUGAAACUGCUGUAGCACAUGGUGCCAGUUGACAUCUGUUUCAAAAAAGCACAACCUGCAGCGUACUUUCACUACCCGUUCAACCAAGGAUUGGGGUUGAAAUCACUGAAGAAAGACCAAGAUUUUACUGUCUUGCUUUCCACUGCUUUUAUUGUAACUGUCAUAAUUACAUUUGCAACAAGAUGUAUGGGCUUUGGAAUCUUCUGGCAAUAGUUUUGACCAGACACCUUUGAAGUGCUUUUUGUAAAUGUAUGCAUAUAUUAUAGAAUUUUUUUUAUAUUGUAUUUAUUGGAAUGAAAUUUCUUUGAAGCAUUACUAUUGAUGACUUUAGGAGCACUGCACCUGACACUCUAAUUAGAUUGAGCCAUCCUUUGUGACAUUUAGACUGCCACUGGAUUGAGCAAUCUUGAUGUAACUAACUAUAGUCAUUGUUUCAGUCUGUUACAGAGGUGGCAACCUGCAAAUAGCAUCUAGGAUGUGGGGCUAAAAGAGAGUCUGUGUCUUGCAUACCUAUAAUCUAAAGUUGUCCAGGAGUGAUUUGCAUUUUUAAAAAUUUUAGGAUAGGAUUUAAUUUGCUUUUAAUUAAUUAACACUUAUGAUAAAAAUGCAUAAAGAUAUAAAUAUUUCUCAGCUGUGAAUGCCAGGGGGAUUGGGGCACCCACAAGAAUUAAGUGGCAAAGCAGUUCCCUAAUUUCAAAACUAUUUUGGUAUCCAACCAAAGGAUUUCAAAGUAAUCAGUUUAAUAAUUAAAUUGAUAAUGCUGCAAAUAGUUGGAUUAUAUGUAUUUGAAUGGACAGGCAAGAGGUUUUCUAUUCUUCACAAACUGUUUGGUGUUUGUCAAGCUUUCUAGAUAAAUAUACAUGCAAUUUCCAGCUUACAGUGUAUAAAAACACUAAGUGUAUUUUCCAUACAUCAGUGCCUAUAUAGUGACUCAUUUUCAAUGUCUUUCAAAAAAGGACACCAAGGUACAAUGUUAAAAGAAUGCUCACCCUGGCUAGCAGGGAUAAAUACCUAAAAACUGAAAACACUCACAUAGCCCAUGCUAACCUGUAUAAACUGUACCUCGUGGAGUCUUUUAAAUAAUGGACAAUGUAGAGUCCUGAGUAGCCGUGUCUUGUUAAUAUACUCAGUUUCCUGUACCUUGUCAUCGUGAUUGAGCCUCAGAAUCAUUUGGAGAAAAGAUAUUUUAAAGAACAAGACCUAUCUUUGAUGUAGUAUAUAAACAAAGUAUUAAAUGUGUUGAUUUCAGAAGGUGAGACAUUUUCUUUAUUAAAAUUGCUGUUGCUUUUU